UCACCACAACCAAAUGACCCCUUAAUUUCAAAUAUAAGAGUCCAGAUCUCUCAUCAAAUUUGGGAUUAACUCAAAAUCAGUCCCAAAACAACAUGAAAAUUAAAAAAAAAAAUACCACAAAAAACUAUUUUAAUGGGGAGUAAGUUGAAAGGGACAGUCAUUAUGGGACAAUUAAGAAGAAGGUCAUUAUUUGAGCGAGGAACGGGGAAAUUCUAAUAUGUGUAGGUUUGCCAUCAAAUAUAUAGAAUUAGAUCAAUAGAUUAUAGGUUAGCGGGGUAGGGGAUGACACAAGCCUUGGCCCUAGCUAGGGCAGUCAGUAUUUUAGACUUAUUAUUGGCGUUAGCGUGGGGCCCGCCCGAUGGCCUUUAGUCGGUGGGUCCCAGUCAAACCAGGAACCCCGGGGGCCCUUUUGAACUGCGAGUUAAAGCGGGACCUUUUUUUACCAGUUUCCCCACUCACAUUAUAGUUAAAUAAAGGUAAAUCGUAAAUGUAAAAAAAAAUUAAAAAAAAAAGGGCGAUGACGUGGUGAGAAACGGGAAUGGCACAGGCCGGCUUUGUGCUCUCGCUGGGUUCAUAGACCAUAGUCCACUCCUGCACGGUCCGUGAACUCCCUACAGAAAGACCCCCCAGGGUCCGGGCCCACUUUUCUCAUAGACCAUAUAUAUGCAUUUAGGGUUGCAAAUGAGUCAAGCCGAGCGGGGAGCAACUCGUCGUUCGAAUUGGAAAAAAAACUCAAUCGACACUCGGCUCUUUAUUUAACAAGCCGACUCGCAUAAACGAGUCAAGGUUGAGCUAGACCAUGCUCAGCUUGAUAAGCUCGUGAGCUAGCUUGACUCGAUGAUUUAUUGAGCUAAGCUCGCGAGCUGGCUUGUUUAGAGUUUGUGGAUUGAUUAAUUACUCUUCUGCGCUGAACAUGAGCAUUAUCUUGUUAAUACGUAUGUGUAUGGAACUUAGCUGGUAUUUUUAGUUUAUAGUGUUUCUUUUUAUUAUCACUUAAAAUUCUUUUGUUUACACCUUUUUCGGCAAGAAUGAUUUCAAAUCGAGCUCAUCUCGAUUCGAGCUUGUAUUCAGUUUGACAAGCUGUGUUAAUGAGCAUUUACCGAGCUCUAUCGUGUCGAGCUGAAAAAUUUAUAAACGAACAGAACUCGAGCUGAGAAAAACUCUACUCGACUAUGUUCCUUUGCAGCCCUAUAUGCAUUGCUUGGCAUUUGUAAGAGGUAAUGAGUGAACCAAAGUUCCAAUAGUAAGUGAAAUGAAAUAUCAUCAUCACUCUUAUCGAAUUAACAAAUCCAACGAUUAAUCCUCAAUUAGCUCUAGCCUCUAUGUAAAUGAUCUCAAGAAAGAAUAACGGGAGAGGACAACGAAAGUAAGAGGGAGAGGGAACCGCCCGUGGCCGAGCGGAGGGAAACAGAGCAGAGCAGAGCUGCCUGAAAUUCCAGAAAAUAGCUCCCCACUACUGACUUUCAUGCGCAGGCACCAGCCUGAAAAGACCUGCGACUGCUUUUAUUUUUGUUUUUUCCCCCCUUCUUUCAAGCAAAAGAAAAGCGAAAGCACCCUCUCUUUAUGUAUUUUUUACAAAAAUAAUUCAUUAAUUUAUUAUUCAUUUGUCUUAGUUCACUUCCCACUUCCCACAAAUCGACGAUCCCAACAACCUGCUCCUGAAAAGUGAAAACCACCCCUUCCUUCUUAGCUUAACCUCCCACUCCCUCUCCCACUCAGUCACAGACUCGCUCAAUUUCAUCAGUCCAUUGGCGAAGUUUCAGGCCGGUUGGGUAGUGAAAUGGGAACAUGGCAGCAUCAGGUAGUUUAAGGCCGAAAAAUAGCGUAGUGAGUAGUGACACUGCCUUUUCUCGUCGUCAUAUCGACCGAAAACUUUUGAAGAACGUCUAAAUCAUAAUACAAUAUGAACAUUAUAAAACGAUUGAACCAUAACUAAACCAUAAAAUACCAUAUUAUUAUGCAACUUCAAAUUUUACAACCAUUGCUUUUUUGCCCGUUUUUUCUUCCCAAACGGGUCCAGCGGCCAGUACUACCUGAAGGCCACUACCCGCCAAAACCAAAGACGAAAAAAAAAAGUUACCAACCCACUCACUCACCGGUUAAAACCAAAUAAAAAAAAGGCUAGAGAGUUAUUGAACAUUAUUAAUCAUCAUUAUUCUUUUCUUUUUUCCAUUGUUUUUACAGUCACCAGUUUCACCUUUUUCUUUCUCCCUCCCUCUAAAUCGCCCUGUCCUUUUCCUCCACUCUCUCUCUCCAUCGCUGAUAAUCAUAAUAGAGUACUGGGGGCAAAAACAUAAUGGAGCAGGCCAUAAAAAGGACUGGGCGAGAGUCCUCAAGAGGGAACUAACUAGAUUCCAAACCCACAGACUGCAACCCAACACAGAGCUUUUCUCUUCGCUUUGGCUUGAUUCAUCUCUCUUCUUCCUUCAUAUGUUCAUGCUCCACUCCUCCUUUCUUCCUGAAUAUGACUGGUGAGUGAGUGUGUCCUUCUGUUGUGCUUGGAGUGGCCGGAGAGAAUUUUACAGAGCUACCUAGCAAAAAGGGCCGGGAAAGUCAGGGAUAUAAAGUUCACUGCUUUUUUCACCCCCCUCUCUUUUCUUCUUCCUUCCGUCCCCUGCUGCUACUUCUGAGAGAAUGGAGUUCAUGGAGUUAUAGCAGCAGAAGCAGCAGUACCCAACAAAACCAAACAACAGGGUAGCAAAAUAUCAAAGACAAAUGGAUCCCUUCAAUUCCUGGCUGCUUUCUCGUUACCUGGUUGGGUAAAAUCAUGAAUGGUUUUGACUGUUACCCUGCUUCUGCUUCUUCUUCUUCUUCCAGUACACGCCAUUAACAGCCAUCUGGUUCAGAAUCAUCAGUCCCUUUUUUUGGAAUGGGUAAAUUUCUGACUCUCUCUCUCUCUUCCUCUGUUUCUUUUCUCAAUUCUGGAAGCUGCUGUAAUUUCGUCUCUGUAUUCCGACUUUAACUCUUCCUCUUCCUUUUCCAGCUAUGCUGCCUUGACUCGUUUCCAGAGUUUGCGAUCAGAGGGAUCAUAAGUGAAAAAACAGAGAGAGGAAGAUAGCUUGACGAUGGGGGAGUACAGUUCUUCAAGCAAGUCCAAUUCCAUUCCGCGGUUAUUCACUGCCUUCGCCUCCUUCAAGAAUGAAACCAUCGAAGCUGCCGCGAUGAUGAGCCCGACUUCCAUCCUAGACAGCAAGUCCUUCUCGGGCCUCAAAAACCCAUUCUCCCCUGAACUCGCUUCUCCCGCCGCCGCCGACACUCCCAAGAGGAGCCAGUACUGGGAAAACCUCGACUCCCCUAAAAUCGGUCUCGGCUUAGUCGACGUUCUCUUCUCCGAUCAGAACAAGAAGAGCCCUCCGAACUCAUCAACAAAAUUACCCGCCGAUAGUCGAAUGGUUCUGUUCGGGUCCCAGCUCAAGAUCCAGAUCCCUUCUUCCUUGCUCUCCCUCCCGCCUUCUUCCCCAGCAGCAGGGUCUUCCCCCAGAUCUCCGGCCGAUUUCGGGAUCAAGACGAGGAACUCUCAAUUGGGAAGCUCUUUCUCCUCCUCCGGUCUAUCCCCAUCCCCCGUACUGAAAUCCACGACGUUCGGGUCGGACAAUUCGGGUCUGGACGCCUCGAACUCGCCGCCGCAGCGGGUCUUCACCGCCGGCGAAAUGGAGCUUUCCGAGGACUAUACCUGCGUCAUCUCCCACGGCCCCAUCCCGAAAACCACUCACAUAUUCGACGAUUGCAUCGUCGACGCCUGCUGCGGCGUGUUUAGCCUCGAUCCCUCGGUCAAAGAAGCAUCCGGCGAUUUCUACCCUUCUGAGAGCUUCUUGAGCUACUGCGACAAUUGCCGCAAGGAUCUCGGCCAGGGGAAAGACAUCUACAUGUACAGGGGAGAGAAGGCAUUCUGCAGCAGGGAAUGCAGGUACCAGGAGAUGCUGAUGGAAGGAGAUGAAAUGGAUCGUGAGGAAAUCUAUGGAAAUUGUUCCUGACAAUAGUAGUCAUUGGUUAGCUGUAGAAAGAAUCCAGUCAGUCUCUCUCUCUCUCCUGGCCUGGGAAUUAUGAGGGCAAAGAGGUCUCCGGCAUCCAAAGUGGAGACAGAUUGAUUGUUUUAAACAAUAUAAAGACGAUGAUCAAUGGCGAUAUGUUUAAUUAGAUAAUAUAGAUAUAUAAAUAUGGAGAACCAAAUUGUAUAUUUGGAUCUGUUUUUGCAGGAAGUUUCUUUUCCUUCGUGUAUUUCUCACUUUUUCUUCUUCGUCUUCUUCUUCUUUCUGCUGUAUGUCAUCAGUAGUGGUUUUGGUUCCCCUUUUGUUGAAACGAACAGAGGGAAUCAACAGAGUAAUGGAGAAAAGAAAAAGAAAAGGUGGGGGGAAGAAAAAUAAUUGUAGAAUUAAUUUUGGUGAAAUGAAAUGAAAUGGACUGAAGGUUUGAAUAUUGAUCGUUUCUUUUGUUUGUUUCUGGAUUUCUGUUUUUUUUGCUCGCAAAGUUGGUGCAAUAAUGAUGCAUGACGAUGGAUAUAAGCUUUAACAGUGUUAAUUAUUAUCUUAUUUUGCGUUGUUUUAGUAGAGAUAAUGAUUGCAGCAGUGUGUGUUAUUCAAUAUUUGUAAUCGCCCGGCAAUGAAGAUAAUGAAGUGUGAUUGAAAAUAGUAGGUAUCAUUUGGUACCAUUUCUCUCUCUUUCUGUGUUUGGUAACAGGGGGUAGAUGAUAACAUUCAAAUUGAUGUUAUUUAGCUCUUAUAUUUUAGGUGUUUUUAUACCGUUUGUUGUUUUUUUUUUAUUAUCAAAUUUGUGACAAGCUUUAUUAAUCAGAAGUUGUGGUUACAUUGUCCAACAUAAUCUGAUCAACAAGAAAUAUCGGUGGUCUAU